CAAAAUUAUACCAAACAAACUGUAAUACUACCUCGCCAAUAAUUCCAUUUCAGUUUUCUUUUCACCAAGGACGAUGGUUCUGUUUUGACUGGGAUUCUUAUUUACUGAUUCAUCUCUUCAAAUAAAGCACACCGCAAGAUGCUUCCAAAGAGCAGUCAGAUCUUCCUGCACUGACAGAUCCAUCAUAUUUUUGGUUCAAUGAUCAAAGAGUUCUAAAUUUUCAAUAAACCUCCUCACUCAAACUUUUUUUUUUUUUUUUUUUUACAUAAAGGCAGGAUUUAGAACAUGCUACUACAAAAACUGAGAUCUAUCGCUUUAAAUGGUCUGGGCUUUUUUGUGCAGAUGGAUUAACCACACAAGAAGCACUUGGAAACAAUACAAUAGUGUAUUCUCGCUCACUGUAAUCCUUAAAGGUAUUGCAAGAACUUUCAUAUGACUGCAAAGAAAAGGCUGCUCAAAAUACUGCAUCUGAAGAAGGCUUUUGCCCAUCCAUUAAAAACUACAAAUGUCAACUGUAAGUAACUAUCAGUCUUUAUUUACACCCUUGUUUUUAUUUUUGUUUCAUUUAUGGUUUCGGUAACUUCAAACUUAAGAUUGAUCAGGUAGAGCUUUACCGGUGAGGCCUGUACUCCUAAAGCCCAGAGAGUAUUUUUAGUAGUGAGCAAAGUUCCAUAAAGUAAACUGAACAGGGGACAAAGAUAAUUCACAUCUAGCCUUACACUCUUCCUGGUGCUCCAGUUUCUAUAGUACUAAACAAUUUUACCUUAAGUAUUUGGCAGACUUUUUUUCCCUAAUGACUAAACUAGUCUGUUUUAAAGAUUUGGUUUGUGUCUUUUGAGGAAGAUAAAUGUGAGAUUCUGCAGACAACAUGAUGCUUCUUCUUUCUGUGUGUGUGUGGAGUCACUUUGUUGACUUUUAACCAAAUUUACUAAAUUUUACUGUUUCGACCCGUCAGUAAUACUUUGGCAUCAUACAAUGAACCCCAUGUUCUCAGUUGAGUCUUAAAUACAAGUCUAAAAACGGGCUUCGUUUCUUGAUUGUAGUCCCCUCCAACCUCUUGUGAUUGGAUGCUCCUGGUUGAACAGAAGAAUAUAAAUGUCCGAGUCACAACGAUGGAUGCAGAGCUGGAGUUUGCCAUUCUGCCCAGCACUACUGGCAAACAGCUUUUUGACCAGAUAGUGAAAACCAUUGGGCUGCGAGAGACGUGGUUCUUUGGUCUUCAGUACCAAGACAGCAAAGGCUUUUCCACCUGGCUCAAGCUAAACAAGAGGGUGACGGCUCAAGAUGUGAAGAAAAGCAAUCCUUUGUUGAUCAAGUUUAGGGCCAGGUUUUACCCCGAGGACGUGGCUGAAGAGCUCAUCCAGGAAGCAACGCAGCGCCUCUUUUUCCUGCAGGUGAAGGAGAGUAUCCUAAACGAUGACAUAUACUGUCCACCUGAGACAGCAGUGCUGCUGGCCUCUUAUGCAGUUCAGGUCAAACAUGGGGACUACAGGAAAGAUUAUCACGUCCAGGGAUAUCUCACAAAGGAAAGGCUGCUGCCACAGAGGGUUUUGGAGCAGCACAAGCUGAAUAAGACUCAGUGGGAGGAAAGAAUCCAGAAGUGGCAUGAAGAGCACAAAGGAAUGUUGAGGGAGGACGCUAUGUUGGAGUAUCUGAAGAUAGCUCAAGACCUGGAGAUGUACGGCGUGAACUACUUCAACAUUAAAAACAAAAAAGGGUCAGAGCUGUGGCUCGGAGUGGAUGCUUUGGGUCUGAACAUUUAUGACAAAAAGGACAAGAUGACCCCAAAAAUUGGUUUUCCCUGGAGUGAGAUCAGAAACAUUUCCUUCAACGACAAGAAGUUUGUCAUUAAACCGAUUGACAAGAGAGCCCCGGAUUUUGUUUUCUACGUGCCCCGUCUUCGUAUCAACAAACGGAUCCUGGCAUUGUGCAUGGGAAAUCAUGACCUGUACAUGCGCAGACGCAAACCUGACACCAUCGAGGUGCAGCAGAUGAAGGCCCAAGCCAGGGAGGAGAAGAGCAAGAGGCAAAAAGAAAGGGCUCUUCUUGAGAGUGAGAAAAAAAAGCGAGAAUAUGCUGAGAAGGAAACAGAAAAGAUUGCCCGUGAGACCAUGGAGCUGAUGGAGAGACUGAGGCAGAUUGAAGAGCAGACAAAGAGAGCUCAAGAUGAGCUGGAAGAGCAGACUCGCAGAGCACUUGAGUCAGAAAAGGAGAGAAAAAUUGCUCAAGAGGAGGCCGAGCGUCUGGACAAGGAUCGCAGAGCCGCAGUUGAGGCUAAAGAAACCCUUUUGCACAAUUCUGAAACCCAAAUCAAGAACCAAGAAAGCCUGGCCACUGAGCUGGCAGAGCUUACCUCUAAAAUCUCCCAGCUGGAAGAAGCCAAGAAGAAAAAGGACGAGGAGGCGAAGGGAUGGCAGAAAAGGGCUGUGAUGGUAGAAGCUGAUUUGGAGCGAACCAAAGAAGAGCUGAAGACUAAACUAAUGGGUGUCCACAUCCAGAAUUCUGUCCAUCCUCACAUGCAUGAGCAUGACGAGACGGAUGAGAGCAGCGCAGAGGCGAGCGCUGAGCUGAGGUCUCCAGGCAUGGUCCGAGACCGCAGCGAGGAGGAAAGAGUCACAGAAACGCAGAAGAACCAGAGGCUGCAGAAAAACCUAAAGUUCCUGAGCACCGAGCUGGCCAGAGCUGUGGACGAGAGCAAAAAGACCCCCAAUGACCUGAUCCAUGCCGAGAAUGUGAAGCAAGGCCGUGACAAAUACAAGACCCUUCGCCAGAUUCGCCAAGGCAACACUAAACAGCGUAUCGAUGAGUUUGAGUCUAUGUGAGACAGCUCCAGCUAAAGGAAAAACACAGAUAAUGAGCUAAAGUUUUAGAAAAGUAGAUGUUAACUUUGACAUAAGUAAUCAGUUUGAGGUAUCUGAAUCAAUAAUAAUUAUUUUAACUGUGGUGCCAUAAUGUGGGAUGGCUGUCUUUGAUUUUUCCUACAUUAACCUCUAUAUGGAGGGGAAAUGAAUGAAAUAAAAACUGUCAUUAGAAAUAAAAUGAUUAGCAAUGAAGGGAAAAAAAGGCAAAUAUUACUGGUUAAUAGAUGCAAACUGAUUGUGGCCUUCUUUUCUGCUGUUCAUCACCACCGUUUAGCACACAAUCGCAGUCUGUAUCAGCUUCCAUAUAAAUAGGCAAACAUUGUCUUGAUGAAGCACUUAAAUUUCAAAUAACUUUAUAAUCCUGUUAAAGCUCAUUUUAUGUAGUUCUCAGAAGAAAGGUCCUUUCAGUAUUGGGGGGGGGGGCAAAUAAAGUCCAGUUCAAGCUCUUAAUCCAAUCUCAUUACAACAAGUUUGAGUUAUUUUUAAUCUAGUUUAGUGCAUUUCCACCAAUCUUUUGUCGUUUCAUUCACACAAUGCUGAAAAUAACCUAACCAACAGACUGCAGCUUAACCUGGCCUUAGUUAAAGCCUGUGUCCUGAGCAGGAUGCAGUAAAGAGGAAUUACUCUCCUUUAAGAGGAGGAAGACCUGCCUGCCCCACAAGCCAGAGGUCAGUAGGGUCGGAUAGCGAUUGCAAUAAUGCCACACAUUCUUUACAGCAUAUAAAGAAGACACAAGAAGAGGAUGAGGACAGUUCUUUUUUAUACAUUUAACUAUUCUAUAUACAUGGAAGCAAUCAGUUUGCCUUAAUUGAGUGAUUUAAAAAUUAAAAAAGUCUAACCUUGGAGCCAUUAAGGAAGUGUAUGAAAAAUGUCCAAAUAUGACACACUUUUAAUAGAGCUCUACUAUUCUAAUUUAUGUUCUCAAAUUUUCUACAUUUUAGCCUCAAUUUCAGACAAUUAGGAGAUACAAAAAAGCGACUCCUCUAAUCCUCAUCAGGACUUCGAAACAUUUUAUUCAAAUGAGAGCUUUUUAGAUUUUAAAUGUCAGCAGUGAAUCAUCUUAUCCACAACUUUGUGUCCCGUCUGAAAUUAUGACAUCCUACUGGAAAGCAGCUCUGAAAAAAGCUGUUUCUGUAUCUAAUUUAUUCUUUUUUCUUACAUAAGAAAAAUUUAAAAAGGAUUGGCAUGCAAUUUUAUGAAACUUUUCUUCUUUAUAAUAAUUUUUUGUUUAGCUAUAGUGAACACUUGCAUAAUGUGAGGGGAAUAAACUAAUAACAGGCAGAAAUAAAUGAACAUGGAGCCAUCUCAUUAGAUUAAAUGUGUAGAAAUUAUAUAUUUGUAAUAAUAUAUAAAUAAAAUUGAAAGCAUAUAA